AUGAAUCAAACUAGGAAGAAAAGUUCUUCAGAUGGAGAAACUAAACCCCAGACUUCAUUUGUCGACAAAUUCCUCAGGGGCUCAAAACUCAGGUCCUCCAAAGCUGAAAGCAAAAGCGAGAAUAAUGACCUAAAGACAAUUGAUGUCCAACACAGCGAUGAGACACGGAACACUGCCACCUUAGACACUGAUACACAUCUUACUACAGAAAUGGAAUUGGAAUCCAGCUUGGAGAAAAAUGAGCAGUUUCUACAGAAGCUGGGUGAAAAGGCUGUCGACAAGUGUCUAGACCUAAAUAACUGCAGGUUAUCAACAGCGGAUGUGAGGGAAAUGGUUGCUUUGCUGCCAUCUCUCCCAGACUUGGAAAAACUGGAUAUUUCCUGGAAUGAUUUCAUAGGUGGAACUCUCCAUUCAAUCACGGAGCAAAUACAUGUUGUCAGCAAGUUAAAAAGCCUGAGGCUGGGUAGUUGCAAACUUACCACUGAUGAUGUUCGAGCACUGGGAGAAGCACUUAAAGCAUUGCCUGAGCUUGAAGAGCUGAAUUUGUCCUGGAACAGUAAAGUGGGAGGAAACUUGCCUCUGAUGCUCCAGAAGUUCCAAGAAGGGAGCAAGAUUCAAACGCUGGAGCUCGUGGAUUGUGCUCUCACAUCAGAAGAUGGGGUGUUUAUGGGUCAGUUGCUGCCGAUGCUGCAAAGUCUCGAAGUACUUGAUCUUUCCAUUAACAGAAAUAUUGGUGGCAGUCUGAACAGUAUUGCUCAGGGAUUAAAAUGUACCUCAAAUCUGAAAGUACUGAAGUUACAGUCAUGUGGAUUAUCACAAAAGAGUGUCAAAGGAUUGGAUGCUGCUUUUAGAUACUUGGGUGAGCUGAGGAAACUCGACCUUUCCUGCAACAAGGAGCUAGGCGGAGGUUUUGAAGACUCACCAGUUCAGCUGGCCACGCUGGGACGUCUGGAGGUCCUGGAUCUUCACCAGUGCUCGCUAACAACAGGCGACGUGUUAUCACUGACCCAGGUUAUCCCUUUACUCUCGAGUCUUCAGGAAUUGGAUUUGUCUGCCAACAAAAACGUGGGCAGCUCUUCUGAAAACCUACUCAGCAGGCUCCGCUUUCUACCAGUGCUGAAGUCCUUACUAAUCAACAGCUGUGCUUUGGAAAGGGAGACAUUCACCGCCCUCGCUGAAGCUUCCAUUCACCUCUCUGCUCUGGAAGUGUUCAGCCUUUCCUGGAAUAAAUGUGUUGGUGGCAACCUGAAGCUGCUUCUGGAAACUCUGAAGCUUUCGACAUCCCUUCAAGUGCUGAGGCUGAGCAGCUGUUCCCUAGUGACAGAAGACGUGGCUCUCCUGGUAUCGGCGAUACAGACAGGUCAUCUGACCAAGCUACGGAAGCUUGACCUGAGCUAUAAUGACAGCAUCUGUGAUGAAGGAUGGGCCAUCUUCUGCCAAAAUGUGUGGCUCCUCAAAGAGCUAACUGAAUUGGAUAUUAGCCUUCGGCCAUCAACUUUUCGAGAUUGUGGACAAUGGUUCAGACACCUGUUAUGUGCCGUAACCAAACUCCCCGAGAUCACUGAGGUAGGAAUGAAAAGAUGGAUCCUCUCAGCUUCACAGGAGGAAGAGCUAGAACACUUUGACCAACAUCAAAGCAGCAGCAUUCACUUUGAUCAUGGUGGUUUUCAGUAA